AUGAGUUCUAAUUGGUUCAAUAAGUGGCAAGAAAGGUUACGCGCAGAAGAGGAAGAGGAUGAAGAAGACGAUGAAGAAGAUGAAGAGAUGGAAAUGCAUGCAACACAAGUUAUGACGACGGCAGCUACUUGGUUGGCAAAUAACCAACUUCGUCCACAACCGCAAUGGAGUGGGUCAGUUCCCGGGCGUAAAUACAUCCCUCGAUUUCGCUCCCGUGAGAACGAUGAUCUUAUGCAAAAGUACUUUGUAGAAAAUCCGGUGUACUCACCAGAAAUAUUCAGACGCCGCUACCGAAUGAGGCGUGAAGUUUUCCUUCGCCUACUAGACGAUGUCCAGUCAGCUAACCCCUACUUCAGGCAAAAACGUGACAACAAAGGGCAACUCAGCUUUUCGCCUCAUGUGAAAUUGACUUGCGCACUCCAAAUGAUGGCUUACGGACAAGUGGCCGACUCUCUUGAUGAAAACUUCAUGAUGGAUGAAUCUACUGCUAUAGAAAACUUCGGUGAAUUUUGUCGUACGAUCGUCAUCAUCUACCAGCAACGAUAUCUUCGAGCACCAAACAGAGAGGAUCUGGAACGGCUCUUACAGCGAGCCGAACGACGAGGCUUUCCUGGAAUGAUAGGUUCGCUCGACUGCAUGCAUUGGCGAUGGAAGAACUGUCCAACUGGAUGGCAAGGAAGCUUUAGUGGAAAAUCAAGAAAACCAACCAUCGUUCUCGAAGCCGUGGCGGAUUUUGAUACAUGGAUCUGGCAUGCCUUUUUUGGAAUUCCUGGUACACAAAAUGACAUUACAGUCCUCGAGCGUUCACCACUGUUUGAUGCGCUCACUGAAGAGGCCUUCCGCAAAGACGUUGAAAGAGCAUUUGGUGUUCUCCAGGCAAGAUGGGCAAUCAUUAGACAACCUGCAAGAGGGUGGGGUUUGGAAAAUUUGUCCAAUAUCAUGUUGGCAUGCAUUAUCCUUCAUAAUAUGAUUGUUGAGGAUGAACGUGCCGAUUACUACAAUGGCGAGUCUGAUGAUGACGAACCGGAUCCAAAUAGGUCCAGAAGGGCUCGAGCUCGCAUCUUAGACGAAGCCAGAGAAAAUUUGGAAAGGGAUCCAAAUCCGGAAGAAUCAUCAUGUCGGAAUAUAUGUCUCGAUACAGAAUGA